ACAUGGAGGGAACCAGCGGCGGCGGCGGCAGCAGGUGUAAGGGGCGGCUGCUGGCUCCUGCCUCUGCCCAGCAGCAGAUCUGGAAGGGAGUUGCCAGACAGAUCGUGGGAUGGGGGGGCCGUAGGAGCCAGGAGCCCCGCUUAUAAGAGGACCAACCCCUCCCCGCCCCCCUUCAGUUGCAGGCACCGCGAGGCAGGAGGAGAGGCACCGGCUGAAAAUGCAGCUGUCUCGCUGCUGCCUGCUGCUCCUGGUCCAGGGGAGCAUCUCCCUGUUGGUGAUCUCUGGACAAAAACAAGGGGAGGAUGUGGAGCAAGGUGAAAAUGAAGUUCAAGACAGAUCCCAACUGCAAAAGAAGAGGGAGCACCUCUCCCCGAAGUCCCUACUAACUCAUACCCCACUGCAGAAUUUGACUCACCUAGAGUUGGUCUCUAGUUCACAAGAGUUCUGGGAAGUCCUGGACAAUCUCUCUGAGCUGGACCAGGGCGCACACUCUAGAGGACGCAGGGACCCUGUGGCAAACACAGGCAAGUUUAAGAAAAUUUUUGGCUGGGGUGAUUUUUAUUCCAACAUCAAGACAGUAAAGCUGAACCUUUUGAUCACUGGGAAGGUCGUUGAUCAUGGUAACGGUACCGUUAAUGUCUUCUUCCGGCACAACUCCACUGGGCAGGGCACUAUCUCCGUCAGCCUCGUCCCUCCCACCAAGACAGUGGAGUUUGACCUGGAGCAGCAGAUCUUCAUUGAGGCCAAAGAAUCCAAGAUCUUCAACUGCCGGGUAGAUUAUGAGAAAGUGGAUCGUGCCAAGAAAACCACACUCUGUACUUACGACCCCUCCAAAACCUGCUACUAUGAGCACACCCAGAGUCAUGUCUCCUGGGUCUGUUCCAAACCCUUCAAAAUCAUUUGCAUCUACAUCACCUUCUACAGCAUAGACUACAGGCUAGUGCAGAAGGUGUGUCCAGACUAUAACUACCACAGUGAUGUACCUUAUUACCCCUCUGGAUGAUAGACCUCUUCCAUCUCAGGGAUAGCCCAGAGACGGGUGUCCUGGGGAAAUAGUUUUGUAAGCUGAAGCAGAGUGCAGGGGUCUCUAGAAACCAGAGUUCUGAUGCAGGACAGAAAAGGAAGGAGUACUGAUUUUCUCUAAAAGCCUAAGCGUUGAAGAAAGGAAUUCUAGACUCAGGGUACUGGCGUUUCUAAACCUGACCCAGAGCUGUGGUCUUUAGAGACUGGGCUAUGUAGAAGAUGCCUGGACACGAAGUACAGAAAUCAUCAUCAGGAUUUGAGUUUCUCAACAAGAAUAUUUGCCUGGGCCUAGCUCACGUGGCCAAGAAACCAAGGCCUGGACAUUGGGUCAAGGGGUCUACAGAGACAUGCUUAAAAGCCAAACCAACUGUGGCCUGGCUCUAGAGUCAGAGGUCUCGUUGGAGAUCAGGAUAUUAAAGGGGACUCAUGCUAGUGUAUUAAAGAUGGCUGUUUGAUAGCAGUGGAUAACCAUGUAUUUGGAGCUCUACCAAAGUAUGAGCUAGAGUUGACUAUCAGGGUCUUAUGUGUACAAUCUGUAUUUGGGAGUGCAGGUGUCUCCAGAGACUAAGCGCUAAAAGCUCAGAAGUAGAAAUAUUUGGAGGAUCCUCUGCCACAACUAGGCAGUAAUGAAGAAGGGAAAUUAGAUUGUCUGGGGAUGACAAGUUUCCAGACGAAGUGUCAUCUCUCCUUGCUAUGGGGUUUUCAGACUCUGUUAGCCACUCCCGCCGGCUGGAGUUUUUACAGAAUCUCAGCCCUAUGGAUUGACAGAUAAAGAAACUCUGGUCAACCCAGUCGAAAAUGCUGGCACAGUAUAUAGGAUUCAUGAAUUUCCCUUCAUCAAAUCCAUGACCCACAUCACGCCUCCUCUCCCCUUUGCAUCUGCAUUCUCAGUCCUGUCAGCACCCCACAUGCUUCCUGUUCUCCAUUAUUUGUCUACCUCCAGCAGAUCUCUUCCACCCAUCCCUGAGCCCCAAAGCAUCUCAGCCCUAUAUACUAUGUAGCUUCUGUAUUUUUUUUUUAUUUUUUUGGUGAAAAGAUGUGAGAGAGAAAGAGAGA